GAUGAACGGAACGGAACGGAAAUGAUGGUGGGUGGAGUGGAAAGCUUAAUUGGUUCCUUCUUCUGGAAACAAAUUACAAAACCCUAAAUAAUGGAAACCUCGAAUCCUAAUGCUCGGAGCGAGGAAGAAGUGCUUCAAAGCAUAACCUCAACGAUCCUAUCGAAGAACACAUUUGAACCACAGAAACUCGAACGCUUCAUUCCACACCUCACUCUCUCUCUCAUUCUGAGAAUCCUCUCAUGGAAGCCCCUUCACUCUCACCCUACCACUCUCAUCUCUUUCUUCAAUUGGUUCCAUACAAACGCUCCCUCUUCCCUUUCUUCCUCUCCACAACCACUCCUCACUCUCCUCCCUCCCCUCUUCUCCCGCCGCAAAUUCUCCGACGCCAAGAACCUUCUCCUCUCCUUCAUCUCCUCCGAUCGCCACCACUCCCUCCACCGCUUCCUCCUCCGCCCCGAUCGCUCCCUCUCCAAACCCGUCCUCGACACUUCCCUCGCCGCUUACGCUCACGCCAAACAACCCCACCUCGCUUUUCAACUUUUCUUAAAGAUGAAACGACUUCGUUUCGCUCCCAAUCUUCUCACCUGCAAUACCCUUCUUAAAUCCCUCGUUCGCUCCUCUUUCUCUUCCUCUCACUCCAUUCUCUUCUCCUCCCAGGUUUUCCAUGAUGCUAUUCAACUGGGUGUCAAACCCAACACCAACACCUUCAACAUUUUGAUGUAUGGGUAUUGCUCUGAGAACAGGCUCGAUGAUGCUCUUGCUUUGAGGAAUCGAAUGGGUGAGUUUGGCUGCUUCCCUGAUAAUGUCACUUAUAAUACCCUUUUGAAUGCAUUGUGUAAGAAGGGUCAGUUUAAUAAGGUGAGGGAAGUGUUACAGGAGAUGAAGAAUAGUGGCUUGAUUCCCGAUAGGACUACCUAUAAUAUAUUGGUUCGUGGGUAUUGCAGGUUGAAGUGGUUGAAGGAGGCUUCUGAGGUUGUUGAGUUGAUGACCAGAAAUGGCUUGCUGCCUGAUGUUUGGACUUAUAAUACGAUGUUGAGGGGGUUGUGUGAUGAGGGGAAGAUUGAUGAGGCUAUGGGGCUUAAGGAUGAGAUGGAGAGUUUGAAAGUGAUGCCUGAUGUUGUUACUUAUAAUACUUUGAUUGAUGGGUGUUUUGGGUGGCAGGGAAGUGCAGAGGCGAAUAGGUUAGUUGAGGAAAUGAAGACGAGGGGAGUUGAGCCAAAUGCCGUCACCCAUAAUAUAAUGGUUAAGUGGUUCUGUAAGGAAGGUAAGAUUGAUCGGGCGGGCGAUAUUGUGACGAGGAUGGUGGAAAGUGGGGUUUCUCCUGACUGUUUUACUUAUAAUACUAUGAUUAACGGUUAUUGUAAGGCUGGAAGGCUCGGAGAAGCAUUUAGGAUGAUGGAUGAGAUCGGAAGGAAGGGGCUGAAACCAGAUACUUUUACUCUUAACACCUUAUUGCACACUCUGUGUGAGGAGAGGAAGCUGGAAGAGGCAUAUAUGUUGAUUGUCAAGGCCAGGAAGCGAGGUUAUAUCCUUGAUGAGGUGACCUAUGGAACUCUCAUCAUGGGAUUCUUUAAGGAUGAUCAAGCAGGCAGAGCUUUGAAGCUCUGGGAUGAGAUGAACGAGAGAGGAAUUGUUCCUAGUGUUGUCACUUAUAACACUAUAAUCAAAGGGUUAUGCCUGUCUGGAAAAACUGAACAAGCAAUGGAUAAAUUGAAUGAGCUCUCACAGAAGGGUUUGGUCCCAGACACGACUACCUGUAACAUAAUUAUUCACGGUUACUUCUGUGAGGGAAUGGUAGACAAAGCACUUCAGUUCUAUAACAAAAUGGCAGAGAACUCGUUCAAACCAGAUAUCUUUACAUGUAACAUUCUUCUUCGGGGACUUUGUAGAGAGGGCAUGCUGGAGAAAGCUUUUAAACUUUUUAACACAUGGAUCACUGAAGAGAAGCCCAUAGAUGUGGUCACAUACAACACGUUGAUAUCCUACCUUUGCAAAGAAGGGAGACUUGAGGAAGCGUUUGAACUUGUGACUGAAAUGAAGGAAAAAAAAUUGGAGCCUGACCACUUUACUCAUAUUGCCAUUGUUAGUGCGCUUGCUCUUGCUGGUAGGACCGAGGAAGCAGAGAAAUUCAUGCCAAAACUUUUAGAGACAGAGCAACACGUGAAAACUCAUGAUACAUCCCAGGAGCAUGAUUCAGAUGAUAUGAUAUACUCAGAGCAAAUAAGCAAUCUGUGUACUCAGGGAAAGUACAAGGAGGCAAUGAAACUAUUUCAAGAGACAGAGAAGAAAGGAAUUAGUUUAAAUAAAUAUACACAUAUCAAGCUGAUGGACGAGUAUUUAAAGAGGCGAAAAAGCAUAUCAAAGGUUACCCGAUCAAAGUGACACAAUAAAUUGGCUAGGUAUUUAUUUUGGCAUUUGGAUAUGUGAUGCCAUAAUGCUGUGAAACAUGUUGUAGAGGCGCUGUUAUGAUGGCGUUUAAUGAUUCCAUGUAAGUUUCCAUCUACCAAAAUAAUAAUUCAUUUUUAUUUUCAGUUUCCAUGACCAUUUAGCCAACAUAUUUUAUGCUUUUUUCUAUGAGAUCUGUAGUAGGAUCCUUUUUGGACAUAUCACUAACAGAGGGUGAGUAUGUGGAAAGCAGAGGUUAAAUUGUGGGCCAGGUGAAUAUGAGAGGGCCAUCAGAGUUGAGUCAUAAGGGAGGUGGUCUGCCAAAUUUGGAAGUUAGUAAUGGAUCUCCAGUACAGCAUGUUAGGCUAGUUGAAUCAUGCUGUAAAGGUGGUGUUGUUGUGGACUUGUGAUGACAUUUAAUGAUUUCAUGAACCUGGAAUUGCUUUAUUAGAAUGAUUCUCAAACUACACUGGAUGAUCAGUGGACUAAUAGAUUGGUUCACAGGUUUUUCUGGCAAAGAGAAGGGAGAGAAGCUUUAAGUAAUUUUGCUCAGGGGUAAACUUGACUGAUGAUUGAUUGACGAGUGGGCAGCUCAUGCAACCAUCCUUAUUGACAUAACAACCAAGCCCCUGAAGACUAAAUUUGUGGCUGAUUCAUGAUCUGACUAUCUAGGUGACAGUGAUAAUCACAACAUAAAAGCAGCUUUACUGCCGUCCAAGAUAAUAAAUGUAUGCUACAGGGGGGUUUCGAGUGGAGAAUGGGGGAUCCCGAGUUUAUGUAAAUUGUGUUGUUAUUAAAUUAUAGUCUCGGUGGCAACAAGAACUGUAAAAUGAGUAAGAGCUUUUGUAUUGUUAAUUUGAAACUAGUUAUGUUAGAUAUUUGUUUUUGAACUGCACGUGACAUUUUAUUUGUUUUAUCCUUUACUAUCAGUUGUUGAAUAAGUCUUUCCAG